GCUCCAAAAUAUAUCAGCAAAAUCGCUGUUCUACCGUUGGCUUAGCAACAGCAGCAGCCAACCAGAAGAUUCCCCCUCACCUCCGCCACUGAAUAGUCGAUGCAAAUGACCGGAAUAUUCGCCGACGUGUCCGUUGUUCUCCCGUCCAAUGCCGGCGGCGGUUUGAAACAGUUCCACGCAUUCUCCGAGCCCACCAAAUCCUUCCUCUCUCAUUCUUUCUCCAAAAGCUCCCCUUUUUCUGUCCCGAGGCUAGGAAUUGGGCCAGGAAAGGCCCAAACCAGAAACUGGAUGAUAAGAGCUACAUCAUCAGGAAGUUCAGGAGGUGAUUUGGUCCCAGUUGCUCCUGUUCAGUUGGAGUCUGCUGUUGGUCAGUUUUUAGCACAGAUGUUACAAACCCAUCCGCAUUUGCUCCCUGCAGCUAUUGAACAGCAGCUGGAGAACCUUCAAAAUGAACGGGAUACCCAAUUAAAGGAAAAUCAGCCUUCGUCCAAAGAUGUCCUCCAUAAGAGAAUAGCUGAAGUUAGAGAGAAGGAAAGGCGGAAAGUGUUAGAGGAGAUUCUAUACUGCUUAAGUGUACAUAAAUUUGUAGACAAUGAAAUUUCGUUGAUCCCAAAAAUAUCUGAAACAUCAGAUCCUACUGGAAGUGUGGGUUUUUGGCCAAAUCAAGAGCAGAAGCUAGAAUCUAUUCACUCCGCUGAUGCAUUUGAAAUGAUCCUAAGCCACAUAUCUAUAGUUCUUGGUGAGCGUGAAGUGGGGCCUCUUGAUAGCAUUGUUCAAAUUAGCAAAGUCAAACUUGGUAAGCUCUAUGCUGCUUCUAUUAUGUAUGGAUAUUUCCUCAAAAGGGUUGACGAACGUUAUCAACUCGAGAGGAGUAUGAGUAAGCCUCCUGAGAGUUUCCAGAUCUCAACGAAUCCUGAUGAGCCAGCAGCACCAAGACAACUAUGGGAUCCGGAGUCAUUGAUAGAAAUUUACCCUGAAGAUGGUGACAGAGAAGGUUUAGCGGAUUCUGAUAUUGAGGGUAAAUCACAAAGGCUGAGAUCUUAUGUGAUGUAUUUGGAUGCGGAGACACUACAGAGAUAUGCAACCUUAAGAUCAAAGGAAGCAAUUUCUGUGAUUGAAAAGCAGACGCAAGCAUUGUUUGGACAGCCUGAUAUUAAAGUUUCUGACGAUGGUACGCUAGAUGUAUCUAAUGAUGAAGUUCUCUCUGUUACAUACUCUGGUUUGACAAUGCUGGUUCUGGAGGCAGUUGCUUUUGGAUCAUUUUUAUGGGAGGCAGAAAGCUAUGUUGAAUCUAAAUACCAUAUCAUUAAUAACUAGAGGUAUUCUUUUGUUCAUUAAGAGGAAACUAUUAAUGAUCUUCUAGCUCUGCAAAUUGUAUACUUGUUCAAAACCACUAAGCAUGCAUUGUGUAUCUGAUAAUUAUCAAGCCCAUAUACACAUUAUAUUUUGACAAGUACACUGCUAUAUGAUACAAACUCAAAAUUUGAGCU